AUGCUAAUAAGGCAAGUCAGGAAGAUGCAUAUUAAACCAAUUAAGAUGAGAUGGGCCACUGGUGGCGACAACUACUCAUACCUUUUGAGUACUCAGGAUAAGAAACUUUCGUGGUUGAUUGAUCCCGCAGAACCAAUGGAAGUGAAGCCUAAAUUAGAUUCUUUUGAAUUGAAAAGUAUCAGAUGUAUUGUUAAUACACAUCAUCAUUUCGAUCAUUCGGGAGGAAAUUUGAAUAUGGUUCAUGAUUUAAAAAUUGCAGGUAAUUCGUCUGUCGUCAAGAUUGUUGCAGGGUCAACUGAAUCGCAAGGUGCUACUGAGAUUCCUGAGCAUUUGCAACGUUACAAACUGGGGAAUUUAGAUAUCUUGUGUAUUAGGACACCAUGUCAUACGCAAGACUCUGUUUGUUACUAUGUUAAGGAUCCCGAAACGAAUGAGCAUGCUCUAUUUACAGGAGAUACGCUAUUUACCGCUGGUUCUGGUAGAUUUUUCGAAGGCACUGGGGAAGACAUGGAUGCUGCUUUGAAUAAGAGGUUGUUAGAAGGUGUUGGGGAACCAAAUUGGAGCCUUACAAGGGUUUUCCCAGGUCACGAAUAUACAAAGAGUAAUGUGAAAUUUGUUCGUAAAGCGGUAUACACAAACAUUGGAGAGAAUGACGCCUUAGAUGAGUUGGAAGAUUUCUGUAAUAAGCAUGAAAUGACUACUGGUAGGUUUACAUUACAGGACGAAUUGAAAUUUAACCCAUUUAUGAGAUUGGAUGACAAGCUUGUAAGAAAAGCUGUCGGUGAUAGUGCCGGAAAAAUGGGUAGAAGUGAAGUUAUGGAUAAAUUGAGACAUAUGAAAAACAGUAUGUAA